CCACUGUGGAGGGCACCUUCAGGCGAAGCAUGGCACGGUGGGCUGGAGUACUAGCCCUGGAGCCAGGCCUCCUGUGUGUGUAACUGGACCUGGCCACUUACUAACUAUGUGACCUUCGGUGGCUUUAUGAGGAAACUGAAGCUGAGAAGAGCCACAGAGUUAGUUAAGUCCCAGACCUGGGACUGGAAACUGGAUCUCGUGCUUAUUCUCUGCAAUGACUCCUGCCAUUCUGAGGAGACAAGAAAUCAGGAAAUUUACAUAAGCAACCUUAAAACGGGCACGAUCCCAGAGCUCAGCGGGACCCUGAGAAAGGGAGACAGAGGAUUUAGACUCUGGACAACAGUCCUUGAAAGGGGAGAAGGGUGUGGAAAAGAGAGGAAAAGGAAGUGGAAAAGGAGCGGGAGACCACUCAGAAGAUGGAGUGUUGAGUGGGUGAGGCUCCUGCAUCGCUCCCUCUCUUGCUUCUUUGCAGUCACCAAGGUGGACCAGAGUUGCCUCCUGAGCCCUCAGUCACUGGCCUCGAAGGCUGGCAACAGGAGCCUGCUGAGAGGCUCCAGCAGGGGGCGCUCUCUCCCCAAGAUCUGCUCACACAAAAUUGGGAAGCCUGGGCCUGGGCUUGCCAUCCCAGGGGCACUGGACUAGGAUGGGGGAUGGGCCUGUGACAGGAGGUGCCCUGGGUGUCCUCUUUCGGCCCCAUGGAGUCCUCACCCAUCCCCCAGUCAUCAGGGAACUCUUCCACUCUGGGGAGGGCCCCUCAAACCCCAGGUCCCUCUACUGCCAGUGGGGUCCCGGAGGCAGGGCUGCGGGACGUGGCUUCAGAAUCCGUGGCCCUCUUCUUCAUGCUCCUGCUGGAUUUGACCGCUGUGGCUGGCAAUGCGGCUGUGAUGGCUGUUAUUGCCAAGACACCUGCCCUUCGAAAAUUUGUCUUUGUCUUCCACCUCUGCCUGGUGGACCUGCUGGCUGCCUUGACCCUCAUGCCCCUUGCCAUGCUCUCCAGCUCCGCCCUCUUUGACCAUGACCUCUUCGGGGAGGUCGCCUGCCGCCUCUACUUGUUCCUGAGCAUAUGCUUUGUUAGCCUGGCCAUUCUCUCAGUGUCGGCCAUCAACGUGGAGCGCUACUAUUACGUGGUCCACCCCAUGCGUUACGAGGUGCGCAUGACGCUGGGGCUGGUGGCCUCUGUUCUGGUGGGUGUGUGGGUGAAGGCCUUGGCCAUGGCUUCUGUGCCAGUGUUGGGAAGGGUCUCGCGGGAGGAGGGAGCUCCCAGCGUCCCCUUAGGCUGCUCACUCCAAUGGAGCCACAGUGCCUACUGCCAGCUUUUUGUGGUGGUCUUCGCUGUCCUUUACUUCCUGUUGCCCUUGCUCCUCAUCCUAGUGGUCUACUGCAGCAUGUUCCGAGUAGCCCGUGUGGCUGCCAUGCAGCACGGACCGCUGCCCACGUGGAUGGAGACCCCCCGGCAACGCUCUGAGUCUCUCAGCAGCCGCUCCACAAUGGUCACCAGCUCGGGGGCCCCCCAGACCACGCCACACCGGACGUUUGGGGGAGGGAAGGCAGCAGUGGUCCUCCUGGCUGUGGGGGGACAGUUCCUGCUCUGUUGGUUGCCCUACUUUUCUUUUCACCUCUACGUCGCCCUGAGUGCUCAGCCUGUUUCAACGGGGCAGGUGGAGAAUGUGGUGACCUGGAUUGGCUACUUCUGCUUCACUUCCAACCCUUUCUUCUAUGGAUGUCUUAAUCGGCAGAUCCGGGGGGAGCUCAGCAAGCAGUUUGUCUGCUUCUUCAAACAGGCUCCAGAGGAGGAGCUAAGGCUGCCAAGCCGGGAGGGCUCCAUUGAGGAGAACUUCCUGCAGUUUCUUCAGAGCACUGGCUGUCCCACGGAGUCCUGGGCUUCCCGACCUGUACCCAGCCCCAAGCAGGAGCCACCUGCAGUUGACUUUCGAAUCCCUGGCCAGAUAGCUGAGGAGACCUCUGAGUUCUUGGAGCAACAACUUACCAGCGAUAUCAUCAUGUCGGACAGCUACCUCCAUCCCGCUCCCUCACCACGACUGGAGUCAUGAUGGGCUGGUGGACACUUGGAGGGUGAUGGGGCUGAGGGCCAGUUAUAACUGCAAGGAACUCCUUGUGGGAUCACCUUUUCCUGGCUAGCUGGGGCUGGGGUCCCUGCACACAGCUUUUGCUUAAUGUUUUCUGGGUCAGCAACAGAGCCAACUGGAUGGAUAUGUGGCAAAAGCCUUGGACAUGGCUAUGAUCCUUGACUACUGGGGGAGGGAACCUGGUGAGAUGGUGACGAGAGUCAAGGGUCACGAAGAACUGGCCUCCCUGAUCUCUCUCCUCAUGGCAGUGACCCAUCGCCAGCCCCCUGGACAACCGGGUACAAGAGACUAAGGUUGGGAAUGGGAAAGGUGGGGUUUCCAUGGUUCAUUAAAUGCUUCCUUACUCCCAUUCAUCGCUCUCAAAAUUAGCUUCAGUGACAAAGACUUAAAUCUCUCUCCUAUCUGCAGCCCUGGGUUGGACAGGGGGCACAGGAACUGGGCUCAGCUGUUCACUGAUUGAGACUGUAGGAACUGUGUUAGGUGGUACUGAUGGCAGUAUAUUCAAGGGAGGGGGAAUAACUGCAAAACUGGACAGGACACCCAUCUGGGACUACCUGUUCAUCCAUUUCCCUCAUUUCAAUCAGGUAACAUUAAAGAGUCAAGGCAGGACCAGAUGGUGAUGUGAUCUGUAUUUGAACAAAUUCCUGGUUUAUUGAGCUUCAAGGGGGAAGUCGGGUUGGUGGGAGUAGGAUAGCUUCCCCUUCGAACAGCUAAUAAAUAAUUUUUAUUA